AUGGGAAUAUAUUUUAAAAAUUCUUCAAUAAUUUUUUUCUGUACCAAUAGGAAAAUUCUUUUUUUUUUUUUUUUCCCCUUAAAAAUGAAAACAAUAGUUAUUGGAUUUUAUGGUUUUCGUUUCUUCAUGCCACCAAAGGAAAAUGGUGGCAGAAACAAAAUGAUAAGUUCAAAGUGAGUGUUGUGGAAGAGACGGUAGACCUACUUUGGUUUCAACACGCAAGCAUCCAUACAGAGAGAGAGAGAGAAUCCACCCUUCUGAAGCUAUUGAAGCCCAAAUUCCAAAUUCCAAAUUGCACUCCUUUUCUAUGUGACCCAGUGCUGUUUGAUUGAUUGUCAAACGAAAAAUUGUGUGGUGAAAAAGAAAAACAUUUGGCUGAUUACCCAAAUUUCUCAUCCACUCUUUUAAAGAUUUCUUUUGCUGAAUCUUCAACUCAAAAACAGAAAAAAAAAAAAUAUAUAUAUAUAUAUAUAUAUAUAUAUAUAUAUAUAUAUAUAUAUACAUACCUGGUCUCUGUCCCCUAACGAUGAUUUCAGGCGUACCCAGAGACCAAUUAGCCUCGAAAGCCCCAAUUACUUGAGAAUUAACAAAAAUCCAGAGAGUAAUUUUGGGUUUUUUUUUUUUUUUUUGGCCUCGUCAGGGAUCCAUAAAAGCUACCUGAUCAAGAUUUUUUUCAUUUGGGUUUUUUAAUUGUUUCGUGUUGUGAUUAGGGUUUUCAAGGAAAAUUCUGAAGUGGGGUUAAUUUUCCUUUCUCUGGAAGAUAUGAAUUUCAGGAGCUUGGAUGAGUUCUGGGCCUUCUAUGUGAACCAACACUCGAAACCAUCCACUAGGCGUUGGCAUUUCGUGGGGACGCUUAUUAGUAUUUUCUUCUUAAUGUGUUCUUUGUUGUUCAGUUGGUGGUUUUUGAUCUUCGUGCCUCUUUCUGGGUAUGGAUGUGCUUGGUACAGCCAUUUCUUCAUUGAAGGGAAUUUUCCUGCUACAUUUGGGCAUCCAAUAUGGUCAUUUUUAUGCGAUUUCAAGAUGUUUGGAUUAAUGCUUACGGGGAAAAUGGACAAAGAGAUCAAGAGGCUUGGAAAGAGACCUGUAUUGCAGGUCUUUUAGUUCUCUUAUAUUGAUAUAAGGUUUUUUCUCCUCUGUUCAAGAAAUAUUUGCUAAUACUGGCUUUUGAUAUGCUACAGGUUCUGCUUUUAUAGUUUUUUGAUACUCUAAGGCCUCUCUUUAUGUCAAGUCUUGAAACUUGGUUACUUUAAAUUUGUCAUUUUUAAGUACUAGAAACGAACAGUAUGAUUAGGAAUCUGCUGUAAAUGUUUCAAGUCUUUUUUUUUUGGGGAUGUAAAUACUGAAACCAUUGCUUAAUCAGAUUACUUAGGUUCUUUCUGAAACAGAAAUUUGCAACUGUGGUGGUUAAUUACAA